AUGCUGGGAUACGUCGCCCUCUCCAUGGGUAUUGGAAAAGAAGAGAAACCCUCGGAAUCCAUGAAAAGCCCACUGAAGUCGCCAUCUGCUUCAACCGAGUCAGCGGAGGAAGUCGCAGAGCGCGAAGAUACUAGGCUAUGGCAUGCCAACGAUCGCAAAUAUCUGUCGCUACAAGACAUCUCCAUUGGAUUCAACGAGCUCUUGCUUCGGGUCUCCAAGUCCGAUGUUAGCUUGACCAGCUACUUCCCUCAGCUGGAUAUCAGAUCGGACGUGUAUUUUCGUGUGCGGAAGAUGGGUAGUCGCCCUGCGCGCGACAGCACAUACGUCAUGUAUCUUGUCGUUGAUGAUAAGAUCAUACUUGAGGGCAGGGGUAGAGGGAAGGAGGAAGCUUUUCGUGAUCUGUAUUUGGAGGUUUCGGAGAUGGUGACUGAAGCUGUGGACAGGAUUGGGGAGUCGGAAACAGCAUGGGAAGAGGAGGAUCGUUUGGAGUAG